AUGGAGAAAUUGAAAGAUAGUUGUGAUAUCUCUUUGCCUCGAAAUGAAAGGGUACAAGACGUUUUUGGUAUGCCGUCUGCUCUAUCCUUUCCUUUUGAUGUUAUUUUCAGAGAGCCUAAACCUUCCUCUUUUCAAGUUUGCCCUAAGUGUCAAGCAAAGUAUAUUGAUAAAUGUCCGAUAUGUACUUCAUGUGAAAUAAAAUUUCGUGAGAUUAAUGUAUCUCUUCAUUUAAAAAAAAACCCUAUCCCAUUAUUAAUUUUUGUCAAUGUAGAGAAUUGUCAUAAAGUUUAUGUAGUAUAUUUCUUUCAAUUACUCAGACAAUCAUUUCCUACAAAAGAGAUUGUGAUACUGUUUCAAUCAGAACAUAUGACAGUAUUAAAAGCCCCACAAAAAGAAGUUAUUUUACCAGAAAAUGAGUGGGUUAUUAAUCAUAAUAGUUAUUCAUUCAAAGCAUCUGAAAUGACUGACCAUUUCAUUGACUCCUUAUUUAUUCAUAUGGUUCCUACUACAACAAUAGCCUCUCUAUUACUUGAUAUUUGUACUUCUAGUAUCAGUCAUAUUUGUUUAUUUACUUCGUUUGCUAUUGACUUACCUCAAGAUAUUUCAAACUAUAGAAAAAAAUUAUAUCACUCUUCUUCUUCAAUAGAUCAAUUUGUCUUUAAGAUGGAUAAAUUUACUGCUCUUUCAGUUAUAUUUUCAAAAGAUUCUAAUGGUCAUUUUUAUGCUUAUGAUCAAUAUACACUCACCCAAUUUCCAAAGGAUAUACUUCAAGUUAUUCAAACUCCUCGAUUGUAUAAUUUAAGACUUGUAACUAUUCUGCCUGGAUUUGAAGUACAGUCAAUGGUACCUAAAUCAUUUACAUAUUCAUCUGAUCAAACUCUAACAUUAUUUGUAAAUUCAGUAAAUGAUCAUGAAGAAAAAUAUAUUCAAUGUCAAACCCAAUGGUAUUAUCAGUUAGAAAAUGGGGAUUGUUGUUUGUGUAUUAUCAAUGAAACAUUUAACAGUUCAAAUAAAAUAUUAGAGUUGUAUAGAAGUUACCAAGCGUCUGAGUAUAUUAUUAAUCUAGCUAAAUUUACAUUAAGUAAAAGAAAUGAUAUUUUAGAAGAUGGAAGAAUAAAUUUCUUUAAACAGUUAGUUAGGUGUAUGUUGAAUUAUUAUGAAUUAAAUUCGGUCUCACAAUUCCCAUUUAAUCGAGAUAUAUUAGGAAGUUUUUGUUGCCAUUUAUUAAAUUCUCCAGCAUUCAGUGGAGAUCAAUCUGAUCUUGAUCAUAGUGAUAAGAAUCUUGUUAAAUGUUUAAUAGAGAGAGAAAUGAUUAUAAAAAAGCCAUGGAAAGAGUUAGAAUUAUAUUUUAAUCGUGAUUUAUAUUAUAUAAAAGUUGUUUCUGAAGAUUACAAAUUAGUUCAAACAUUUAAUAUUCCAUAUCAAAGUGAAAGGUUUAUUGGUCAGUCAUGGUUAAUAGAACGUAAAGAUAAUAUUGCAACACAUUUAAUUUUUAAAGAAAGUAAAGAUGCAUGGAGAAUUUUUGGUGAUAAAUGGUAUUUAAGAGAUGAGGAAUAUCUUAUUGGAGUAUGGAAAGAAAUUAUGGGUACUAACAUUUCUAAUGAUCCAACAUUUUUUGAUUCAAAGUUAAGAAAAAUGAGAUAUCACUUUAAAGUAAUAGAAGACUAUGGAGAAUUAAUUCCAUUUUGUUAUGACGGAAUGGCAAAUUUGUAUCGAGAUGAAGCAUUAUUUAAAAUUAAUUUGUUAAAAAGAAUGGAUGAAAUAAAACGAAGAAAUGAAACAACUUAUUUAUUCCCACAUGUUUAA